AUGAAAAUUCUAAUCAUUAAUGGUUAUGGGAAGAGUUAUAAAGGCAUGAAGAAUUUUGAACAAUACAAACUGAUCAUUAAAGAGGCUUUGCUAAGUAAAAAGGAGAUGAUCGACACAGAAAUCGAUUUCAUUAUACGUGAUAGAGACUCCAUUGAUGAUUUGCUGUAUGAAAUUGAUAGUUCUUUUGUGAGAGUAGAAUGUGGCAAAAUGUUCGAUUCAAUUGAUAUUAUAUUUUUUGAGGGUGAUGCAAAUCUUAGACCAUGGUCUCCAAAUGCAUAUAAAUAUCUAAUUUUGUUAAGAAUGUGUCUCAGAAGUAACAAAAUCAUCUUUGCCUCAUCAUUUGCCAUGUAAGGCUUGGUAUUCUUGAUAGCUUCAAAUGUUGAAUGUUAAAUAAGUGUUAUUAAUGGAUUGAAUGGAGGAUAGUUGGGUGAUCUGUCAAAGAUCAAAAAGGAUUUGACUGAUAUAAAGUAGACAGAUUUCUUUCUUGAUAAUGUAACAGGAGAUUUGUAUGGAUUCAACUAUGAUACAGGUGAAUGGGUGAGUAAAGGAAAUGCUGGAAUUCAUUUUAGAAAAGCUGCUGAAGAAUUUAAAACCAUUGGGAAAUACAUAAUGAAAGCACCUUAAUACAAGGUUAAAGGAAUGAAGGAACUAGACACGCUCUAUGUAUCUAAAGAAAACGAAAUUGUAUGUUCUUUGAGAAAAAAUCAAAUGCAUCAUUUCUUAUUUAAUGAUGUUCCAUUUGAAUUUGUUGUCCCCUAUAAAAAUUCAUGGGAUGUGCAUCCAUUCAAUUUCGUGAAUCCUAAAAAGACUUUUUAAACUUUGGCAGAUUGUACUAAAGGUCCUUUGAUUAUACAGAUAUCAGACAAUAUUAUAGGGACAUAAUUUGCUGUAAAAAGAAAAUACAAGGAUACUGCUACUGUGUUGAAGAAUUUCAUGGGAUAUCAAUUGACUAAAUUAUGUUCAGGAUAAGCUCACUCGAUACCAAUUGAAAUUGCAUCAAUUAAACAAAAUGAUAAUGCCAUGGACAUAUUUCUAGAACACAUGAGUAAGAAUAAAUAUUAGGCUCAUUAAAAAACAAUAAAAUUUAAUGUGAUUACUGAAUUUCAUCAUGCUGGUUAUGCUGCCAAGAAAUCUAAUAAGCUAGAUGUUGUAGUAAAUAAUGCAAUAGGCAGGAGAAGAUUCAAAUAGCAAAUGCAAAAAUUACCAAGCAAAGAAUUAGAUAAGAUAUUAACAAAUGAUAAUUCAUAUAGAUAGACUGCUAGAACUUCUAACAAUUAAUCUCGAAAAGUUGUUUCAUUUACUAAUUUUCAAACUGGUUUAAAUUCCCCCUUAAAAGGAUAAACAUUAACUUAAUUUGAUGAUCAAUUUGAGCAAAAAGUUUAAUUCCACAAAACCUCAGGAGAGAUAAUGAAAUUACUUCAUCCAUCAAUUGAUGAUGCCUUGGUUGAGUAGAAUAACAAACAUGUUUGGGUACCAGGUUUCUUAUCUCAAAGUCAUGGGAUGAAAUUAUCAAACCACAAUUCCAAAGAAGGUUGGAAUUCCAAGUUGACUAUAAGAUAGCCCUUCUAGAAUCAAAUGCAAUUCGAAACAUAACAAUUUGAUAAUGUGUACAAGACUCAGAAAUAACUUGAAUUAGAAGAAGAGAGGGAGAAAAGCAAGAAAAUAAUUGGACCCAAAUAAUUUCGUUGUGGCACGCCUGCAUAAGCCAAUUUGAUUACAACAUAUAUGAGUAGAAAUUCAUCGGUGCCGUAACACCAAUUUAGGAUGAUAGAAAAAGGAAAAUGGAUCUCUCCACAAGAUUUUAAAAUUUGA